AUGUUAUCUCCUUGGGUCAAUGAUGUUUUGGGCGAAUUAUCACAGAAAUUGGGCAUGAUAGCUGACAUUUGGAAUGCUAUGGGUUUAGAAGGAGAAAAUUUGCGGCUGCGAAUUCAUUCUCUGUCUUCUCAUUUGUUCUUAAUGUUGGAUGAGAUGUAUAGUGAAGAAAUCUUAGCGAAGCAGACUAUCAUUGACUCAAUCAAAGAAUUAAAGGUAAAGAUUAAAGAACUCGAGUCAGAGCUUGGGUUAACCAACAAUAUUUCUGAAACAUCAUCGCUUGUAAUGACUGAAAAACUGUUUUACGAUCACUUUAAAGCACUCACUGAAAAGUCCUCUUCAGUUCUUCAGACAUACAAUUUGCUUAAAGAAGAGGAGAAGAAUUUGUGUGCGCGGCUUGAUGAACCUUCUGUUCCUGAGACAUUCAUACACGUCCCAAAUACUGAACAAAUUAGAAUCUUAAAAGAAAACAUUGAUCAUCUGACGCUUGAAAAACGUUCUCGUUCUCUUCGUUUGUCUAGACUAAUUCAAGAAAUUAAAAGCUUAAGAGAUCUCCUGCAACAAAAGACAAUCGAUGACGAGGAAAUAAUCACCCUAAUCACUUCUCCUAAUCCUAUGGAGAAUUUAUCAUUAUCAAAAAAUUUUCUUGACCAUGUUACUAAAUUAAGAAACAGUUUAGCACAGGAGUUUGUCAAGUUGGAUGAUGAUUGUCAAAGAAUCAUUAAAGAAAUCAUGCAUAUAGCAGGUCGUCUUAAUAUUGACCUUGAUAAUGCUGUGAAUAUUCAGCAACCGGUAUCUGCUCGCUUUUUACAACAUCUGAAAGAAGAACUCAAUCGUCUGAAAAAAUUGCAACUAAGAAGUUUAGCGUCUAUUAUUUCAAAGUGCCAAGCUGAGUUAGUCGCAUGGUGGGAAAAUUGCCUUGUUGGUCGAGAUGUUCGUCAAUCAUAUUUAGUUUCUGAAGGUCAAGAGUUAAACGAGUCACUACUUAUAUCGCUUGAAUCUGAAAUAACAAAAUGGAAAUCAUUUUACUUGGAAAAUGAACCACUCUUCAAGGCAAUCGAAACGUGGCAGUGCAUAUUAUCGCGUCUUCGAAUGUCCGAGCAAAAAAUGAAAGAUCCUUCCGUUUUAAAAAACCGAGGCGGGAUUUUGUUGGUUAUUGAUAAAGAAAUUAAACAAUUAAAGCGUGAUCUCAGUCGUCAGUAUUCUAUCUUAAAAGAAAUUUCUAUGAAUUACCCAAAAGUAACAGUUCAUGGAUUAUCAAUUCUUGAUUACUUGGAUUUCUCCGAACAUCAAUGUAGAAUAGAAAAAGAAAAUCAAAAUCCAGGAAAUCUAUCUAGUUCCUUUAUUAAAGUUGGAAAUAGUGCUAAAAGAGCUUUUGAUGCGAAUAAGUCAACUCUACUUACUCCAAUAAGUGGAAAGAAACCGCGUACAAAUUUAUUAAAUUCUACCAUAGCAGCAUUCAGUAGCAAUUCCAAAUUAACCGCCGUGCAAUCACCACUUUUGGCUUGUUCUAGUAUGGUUUCAUUACAUGGAAUUGGUUCUAUAGAUUCUUUGUCAUCAGUUCACACGCCUAUAACAAAGACCAAAUCUUCAGUUCAAACUCCAGUCACUUCCUGUGUUUCGUCGUCGAGUUCACCUCAGAAAAAUAUUGCCUCAACUAUAUCUGCAAAACGUCGAAGUGCAAGACUGAGUGGAAAGAAAGUCUGCUCAACACUACGUGUUUUACAGAUGAAAAAUGUACAAAACAAUAGUGAUAAUUCUUUCCGUUCUCCUCUCUCUACGGCACCUAGAUCUGCUGUGAAAUCUUCACGUACUGUAAAUAACACGCCGACACCAUCUGUGAAAAAUAGAAUACAGAGAGCUCCAUUCCGUACUUGA